AUGUGGAAGAGAUCUGGGCAGAUGAAAAUACAAUCAGGAAAAUGCAACAUGGCAGCAGCAAUGGAAACAGAACAGCUGGGUGUUGAGAUCUUUGAAACUGCGGAGUGUGAGGAGAAUAUUGAAUCACAAGAUCAGCCUAAAUUGGAGCCGUUUUAUGUUGAGCGAUAUUCGUGGAGUCAGCUGAAAAAGCUGCUUGCUGAUACCAGAAAAUAUCAUGGCUACAUGAUGGCUAAGGCACCACAUGAUUUUAUGUUUGUGAAGAGGAAUGAUCCAGAUGGGCCUCAUUCAGACAGAAUCUAUUACCUUGCUAUGUCGGGUGAGAACAGGGAGAAUACACUGUUUUAUUCUGAAAUUCCCAAAACCGUCAACAGAGCAGCAGUCUUAAUGCUCUCUUGGAAGCCUCUUUUGGAUCUUUUUCAGGCAACACUGGACUAUGGUAUGUAUUCUCGAGAAGAAGAACUAUUAAGAGAAAGAAAACGCAUUGGAACAGUUGGAAUUGCUUCUUACGAUUAUCACCAAGGAAGUGGAACAUUUCUGUUUCAAGCUGGUAGUGGAAUUUAUCAUGUAAAAGAUGGAGGGCCACAAGGAUUUACUCAACAACCUUUGCGUCCCAAUUUAGUGGAGACAAGUUGUCCCAACAUACGGAUGGACCCAAAAUUAUGCCCCGCUGAUCCAGACUGGAUUGCUUUUAUACAUAGCAAUGAUAUUUGGAUAUCCAACAUUGUAACCAGAGAAGAGAGGAGGCUCACUUAUGUGCACAAUGAGCUAGCCAACAUGGAAGAGGAUCCCAGAUCUGCUGGAGUUGCUACAUUUGUUCUUCAAGAAGAAUUUGAUAGAUACUCUGGCUAUUGGUGGUGUCCAGAAGCUGAAUCAGCCCCCAGUGGUGGCAAAAUUCUUAGAAUUCUGUAUGAAGAAAAUGAUGAAUCCGAGGUGGAAAUUAUUCAUGUUACAUCCCCUAUGUUGGAAACAAGGAGGGCAGAUUCAUUCCGUUAUCCUAAAACAGGCACGCCAAAUCCCAAAGUCACUUUUAAGAUGUCAGAAGUAAUGAUUGAUGCUGAAGGAAGGAUUAUAGAUGUCAUAGAUAAGGAACUAAUUCAACCUUUCGAGAUUCUGUUUGAAGGAGUUGAAUAUAUUGCCAGAGCUGGAUGGACUCCAGGGGGAAAAUAUGCUUGGUCCAUCCUACUAGAUCGCUCCCAAACUCGCCUACAGAUAGUGUUGAUACCGCCUGAAUUAUUUAUCCCAGUAGAAGAUGAUGCUAUGGAAAGACAGAGACUCAUUGAGUCUGUGCCUGACUCUGUGACACCACUGAUUAUUUAUGAAGAAACAACAGACAUCUGGAUAAAUAUUCAUGAUAUCUUCCAUGUUUUUCCCCAAAGUCAUGAAGAUGAAAUUGAGUUUAUUUUUGCCUCUGAAUGCAAAACAGGUUUCCGUCAUUUAUAUAAAAUCACAUCCAUUUUAAAGGAAAGCAAAUACAAACGAUCCAGUGGAGGGCUGCCUGCCCCAAGUGAUUUCAAGUGCCCUGUCAAAGAGGAAAUAGCAAUUACCAGUGGAGAAUGGGAAGUUCUUGGCCGGCAUGGAUCUAAUAUCCAAGUUGAUGAAGUCAGAAAGCUGGUAUAUUUUGAAGGUACCAAAGACUCACCUUUAGAACAUCACCUGUACGUGGUCAGUUAUUUAAAUCCUGGAGAGGUGACAAGACUGACUGACCGUGGCUAUUCCCACUCUUGUUGCAUCAGCCAGCAUUGUGACUUCUUUAUAAGUAAAUAUAGUAACCAGAAGAAUCCACACUCUGUAUCCCUUUACAAGCUGUCCAAUACUGAAGAUGACACAACUUGCAAAACAAAGGAAUUCUGGGCCACCAUUUUGGAUUCAGCAGGUCCUCUUCCUGACUACACCCCUCCAGAAAUUUUCUCUUUUGAAAGUACUACCGGAUUUACGUUGUAUGGAAUGCUGUACAAGCCUCAUGAUCUGCAACCUGGAAAGAAAUAUCCCACUGUGCUGUUCAUAUAUGGUGGUCCUCAGGUGCAGUUGGUGAAUAAUCGGUUUAAAGGAGUCAAAUAUUUCCGCUUGAAUACCCUAGCCUCUCUGGGUUAUGUGGUUGUGGUGAUAGACAACAGGGGAUCCUGCCAUCGAGGGCUUAAAUUUGAAGGCGCUUUUAAAUAUAAAAUGGGUCAAAUAGAAAUUGACGAUCAAGUGGAAGGACUCCAAUAUCUAGCUUCUCGAUAUGAUUUCAUUGACUUAGAUCGUGUGGGCAUCCAUGGCUGGUCCUAUGGAGGAUACCUCUCCCUAAUGGCAUUAAUGCAGAGGUCAGAUAUCUUCAGGGUUGCUAUUGCUGGAGCCCCAGUCACUCUGUGGAUCUUCUAUGAUACAGGAUACACGGAACGUUACAUGGGUCACCCUGACCAAAAUGAACAAGGCUAUUACCUAGGAUCUGUGGCCAUGCAAGCAGAAAAGUUCCCUUCUGAACCAAAUCGUUUACUGCUCUUACAUGGGUUCUUGGAUGAGAAUGUCCAUUUUGCACACACCAGUAUAUUACUAAGUUUUUUAGUGAGGGCUGGAAAGCCAUAUGAUUUGCAGAUCUACCCUCAGGAGAGACACAGCAUAAGAGUUCCUGAAUCUGGAGAACAUUAUGAACUGCAUCUUUUGCACUACCUUCAAGAAAACCUUGGAUCACGUAUUGCUGCUCUGAAAGUGAUAUAAUUUUGACCUGUGUAGAACUCUGUUAUACACUGGCUGCUUAACCAAAUGAGGAAGUUAAUCAAUAGAGAACAUAGAAUUGAUCAUCACAUUUUGGUACCUGCCAUAUAACAUCUACUUCUGAAAGUAAAUUUGGUGCCACACAGAUGUCUACAGCUUGGGAUAGUAAUCUAAUACCUUAGCCAUACACACACAGAAUUGAAUGGCACAUGUGUCUAAGGGACCCAGCAAUACCAUGAGAAUUACU